AUGGAAGAUCAGGGAUCAGCACCUCACAAAGAAAACGGGAGAAAAACUUUGCUUAUAAACAGCGAGGGUUCCAGUAGCGAGGGUUCCAGUAGCGAGGGUUCCAGUAGCGAGGGUUCCAGUAGCGAGGGUUCCAGUAGCGAGGGUUCCAGUAGCGAGGAUUCCAGUAGCGAGGGUUCCAGUAGCGAGGGUUCCAGUAGCGAAGGUUCCAGUAGCGAGGGUUCCAGUAGCGAGGGUUCCAGUAGCGAGGGUUCCAGUAGCGAAGGUUCCAGUAGCGAGGGUUCCAGUAGCGAGGGUUCCAGUAGCGAGGGUUCCAGUAGCGAGGGUUCCAGUAGCGAGGGUUCCAGUAGCAAGGGUUCCAGUAGCGAGGGUUCCAGUAGCGAGGGUUCCAGUAGCGAGGGUUCCAGUAGCGAGGGUUCCAGUAGCGAAGGUUCCAGUAGCGAAGGUUCCAGUAGCAAGGGUUCCAUUGGUACUCCUCGUGAGGAAGUACCCAGUACCCAGAAGUACCGGACACGGAGAGCCUUCAGCGAGGCUUCAGCGAGCCUUCAGCGAGCCUUCAGUGAGGCUUCAGCGAGCCUUCAGCGAGUCUUCAGCGAGCCUUCAGCGAGCCUUCAGCGAGGCUUCAGCGAGCCUUCAGCGAGUCUUCAGCGAGCCUUCAGCGAGGCUUCAGCGAGGCUUCAUCGAGCCUUCAGCGAGCCUUCAGUGAGGCUUCAGCGAGCCUUCAGCGAGUCUUCAGCGAGCCUUCAGCGAGCCUUCAGCGAGGCUUCAGCGAGCCUUCAGCGAGCCUUCAGCGAGCCUUCAGCGAGCCUUCAGCGAGGCUUCAGCGAGGCUUCAUCGAGCCUUCAGCGAGGCUUCAUCGAGGCUUCAGCGAGCCUUCAGCGAGCCUUCAGCGAGGCUUCAGCGAGCCUUCAGCGAGGCUUCAGCGAGCCUUCAGCGAGGCUUCAGCGAGCCUUCAGCGAGGCUUCAGCGAGCCUUCAGCGAGCCUUCAGCGAGCCUUCAGCGAGCCUUCACGAGUCUUCAGCGAGCCUUCAGCGAGCCUUCAGCGAGCCUUCAGCGAGCCUUCAGCGAGCCUUCAGCGAGCCUUCAGCGAGUCUUCAGCGAGCCUUCAGCGAGCCUUCAGCGAGGCUUCAGCGAGCCUUGAGCGAGCCUUCAGCGAGGCUUCAGCGAGCCUUCAGCGAGUCUUCAGCGAGCCUUCAGCGAGCCUUCAGCGAGGCUUCAGCGAGCCUUGAGCGAGCCUUCAGUGAGCCUUCAGCGAGUCUUCAGCGAGCCUUCAGCGAGCCUUCAGCGAGCCUUCAGCGAGCCUUCAGCGAGUCUUCAGCGAGCCUUCAGCGAGCCUUCAGCGAGCCUUCAGCGAGCCUUCAGCGAGUCUUCAGCGAGGCUUCAGCGAGCCUUCAGCGAGCCUUCAGCGAGCCUUCAGCGAGCCUUCAGCGAGUCUUCAGCGAGCCUUCAGCGAGUCUUCAGCGAGCCUUCAGCGAGUCUUCAGCGAGGCUUCAGCGAGCCUUGAGCGAGCCUUCAGCGAGCCUUCAGCGAGUCUUCAGCGAGCCUUCAGCGAGCCUUCAGUGA